AGGGCGUGGGCGAGCCGGAGGCGGGCGGGCGCGUGUGCGCAGGCGCGCGGGCCCUGACUCUCCGUGCUCGGGCCAGCCUCAGUCUUUCUGCGAGCGGACAUGGGCACACCGCAGAAGGAUGUUACCAUCAAGUCCGAUGCACCCGACACCCUGUUGCUGGAGAAGCACGCCGAUUACAUUGCCUCCUAUGGCUCCAAGAAAGACGACUAUGAGUACUGCAUGUCUGAAUACUUGAGAAUGAGCGGCAUCUACUGGGGCUUGACGGUGAUGGACCUCAUGGGGCAGCUUCAUCGAAUGAACAAGGAGGAGAUCCUGGCGUUCAUCAAGUCGUGCCAGCACGAGUGUGGGGGGAUGAGUGCUAGCAUCGGGCACGACCCGCAUCUUCUCUACACUCUGAGUGCCGUCCAGAUUCUCACUCUGUACGACAGUAUCGACGUCAUCGACGUGGAUAAAGUGGUGGCCUAUGUUCAGAGUCUACAGAAAGAGGAUGGUUCCUUUGCUGGAGACAUUUGGGGAGAAAUUGAUACCAGGUUCUCAUUUUGUGCCGUGGCAACUUUGGCUCUCUUGGGCAAGCUUGAUGCUAUUAAUGUGGAAAAGGCAAUUGAAUUCGUUUUGUCCUGUAUGAACUUUGAUGGUGGAUUUGGGUGCAGACCAGGCUCCGAAUCUCAUGCCGGGCAGAUCUAUUGUUGCACAGGAUUCCUGGCCAUAACUAGUCAGUUGCAUCAAGUGAACUCUGACUUGCUUGGUUGGUGGCUUUGUGAACGCCAGUUGCCCUCAGGCGGGCUCAAUGGAAGACCUGAGAAGCUACCCGAUGUGUGCUACUCCUGGUGGGUUUUGGCCUCGCUGAAGAUAAUUGGGAGGCUCCACUGGAUUGACAGGGAGAAGCUGCGCGGCUUCAUCCUAGCAUGCCAAGAUGAGGAGACUGGAGGCUUUGCGGACAGACCAGGAGAUAUGGUGGAUCCUUUUCAUACCUUAUUUGGCAUUGCUGGAUUGUCGCUUCUGGGAGAAGAACAGAUUAAACCUGUUAGUCCUGUCUUUUGCAUGCCGGAAGAAGUGCUUCAGAGGGUGAAUGUGCAGCCUGAGCUGGUGAGCUAGAGUCAGAUAGGAGGGAUGUGAGUGCAAUCCGAACACUGCUGUAUUUGAAGUGUUUACCAAACCUAGAGGUGACUGUUAAUAUUUUGUAUAUCAUGUUAAUGAUAAAUUAUAUAAUUAAAUGUAUUGUAAAAUAAGUAUGUUGUAGUGUUCUAAGUAGUUUUUGUCUCUACUUGAAGUUUGUUUCUGAUGUCUCCAUAACAGCAAACUUAAAAAGUGCUAGUAUUUAAUUUGUGUACUCUUGACCUGUAACCAUUGUGAUGGAAAAUGAUUUUUGUUAAUCGAUAAAAAUGAGUAAAACUCAUUUAAAUAAAAGAUUAUGAAAUUGA